UGGCACUUAACAGAUAACUUUGUCGUCUGCCGUUUGGAAUUUGGAUGUGAUUAAUCAUUAAUCAUUAUUCAAACCAAAAUAAUAAUAUUAUGAUUGAAUCGUACAACUUUGACGUAGAAAAGCUUGAUAAAUACUGUAAUUUCAUAAUUACAAGUAGUUAAGGAGAAUUUUCACAUUUUAACUUGUUAGUAACUGGUGAGCUAAGACAGUUGAUUUUUUAAAUUUUCAAGGAUUUGAAAGUUAUUUGGACUUUAGACUUAUUACCAUUAUAGGAAACAUGGCUCAACCUCACAGGAAGGCUGUAUUAAAUCUUUACAAAACGCUGUUGUACAUGGGACGUGAUUGGCCUCAGGGUUAUGACCUCUUUAGAAAACGGUUACAUAAAGUGUUCUCAAAAAAUAGUGAAGAAUCAGAUCCAAACAAAGUCGCCACUAUGAUUAAACAUGGAGAUUUUGUAGUUAAAGAAAUUGAAGCUCUGUAUAAAUUAAAAAAAUAUAGAACAUUAAAGCGAAGAUAUUAUGAUGACAAUUGAAAGUUGACUGUUUUGUAUUAGGUUUGAAUGUUUAUAAUUAUGGUGCUAUUUCAGAUAUAAGUAUAAUGUUAUAUAAUAUGUAGCAAUUAAAAUGACAUUGAACAUGUUCAUAUUCCAACAAUAAAUGUUACUGCUAUCA